UUCCCGCUGGGCUCUGGCUCUAGGAUGUUGGAGAACCGAGAGGAAGAGCUGACCACGGUGCGUGUGCAGGACCCCCGGGUGCAGAACGAAGGCUCCUGGAACUCCUAUGUGGAUUACAAAAUCUUCCUCCAUACCAACAGCAAGGCCUUUACUGCCAAGACCUCAUGUGUGAGGCGCCGGUACCGUGAAUUCGUGUGGCUGAGGAGGCAGCUCCAGAAGAACGCUGGCUUGGUGCCUGUCCCAGAUCUGCCCGGGAAAUCCACCUUCUUCGUGGGCAGCACGGAUGAAUUCAUCGAGAAGCGCAGACAGGGGCUGCAGCAGUUCCUGGAGAAGGUGGUGCAGAACGUGGUCCUUCUCUCCGACAGCCGCCUGCACCUCUUCCUGCAGAGCCAGCUCUCGGUGCCCGAGAUAGAGGCCUGCGUGCAGGGCCAGGGCUCGCAGACGGUGACAGAAGCCAUCCUGCACUACGCCAUGUCCAACUGCGGCUGGGCGCAGGAGGAGGAGAUGCGCCCCGCGCUGCUGCCGGGAGGGGACCUGCAGGGCAGCUGUGCUGGCCUGCGAACCCUGCAGGGUCCCAGCUGCCUGGAAUCCUUCCCGUACUGGAGCGACUUCAGCAUGGACGACACGCACUCGGACAGCCCGGAUGAGCCCGCCGAGCCCUCGGGUGCCAGAUGCAGUGAACGGCUCUAGGGACAUUGCCCACCUUCCCCCGGACCUGCAGCCCUCGCUGGGAGAGGAACCGC